AUGGAGGAACCAGGAAGGAGAGAACCUUCUAAGCAAGCUGGAGAAACAACCCCUCUUGAUCAUGAGAGGGGGAAUGGAUCUGAAUCAGAGGAGCAGGAGCAGAACCAAGAGGAUUCAGGACAGCAUGAUCAUGAGGAGACACAGGAAGUAGAGAAUGUUGUUCAGUCUAGUGGAGAUGAGCAAGGAGAGUCUACUGGUACAGAGGAGAGUCAGGCUCAGUCAGGUGGAAAUGAGCAGGGAGAACCUACUGGUUUAGGAGAGGAAACACAAGAUAAUAUUCAGGCUGAAGAACAGAGGGAGUGA